AUGGAAUUCAACCGAGAACAUUUUCGCGCCAUAAUUUAUUACAACUUUCAGACACAAUUAUCGCAACAAGAAUGCCUUGCUGAGUUACUGUCUGUUUUCGGCAACGAAGCGCCACAUCAGUCGACAAUUUCCCGUUGUCUUAGCGACGAUUCCAGGGUGGGUGCAGCAAAGACGGAAGCCACCCAGGAAAACGUCGAUGCUGUGCGCAAACUCAUCAUUGAAGAUAGACAUGUGACAUAUCGCGAGAUUGAGGCAUCCUUGGAGAUCUCAAAGACCUCAAUUCAAACAAUUUUACAUGAAGAAUUAGGAGUAAGAAAAUUAGUUUCUCGUUGGAUACCCCACCUGUUGACUGAAGAUCAGAAAGCAGCCAGGGUUGAUUGGUGUCAAAAAAUGCUUGACCCAUUAGUUAGUGGUGAUGAAUCAUGGAUUUACUGUUAUGAACCAGAGAAUAAACGACAGUCGGCUGUUUGGGUGUUCCAAGGUGAAGAAAAGCCAACAAAAGUCAUCCGUUCUCGAAGUAUUUCGGAAAAGAUGGUCGCGACAUUUGUGUCAAAAGCGGGUCAUAUUGCAACAAGAACUGUUACUGCGGAUUGGUAUACCACCAUCUGUUUGCCAAAAUAUUUAACGGAAGAAAACGUGGAAUUAUUGGACCAUCCUCCAUAUAGUCCCGAUCUAAGUCCUAACGAUUUCUUUACUUUCCCGAAAAUUAAAAACAGACUGCGUGAUCAAAGGUUCCAGUCACCAGAAGAAGCAGUUUUGGAUCUGCCAGCAAACGAGUGGAAUAAGUGCUUCGAAAAUUGGUUCGAGCGCAUGUAG